AUGGAGUCCGACCAGUAUGUUGUCGCUGUGGAAGAAUGGGGCAGACAGACUGUCAUUUUAGAAAAUGAAGAACUCCCUAAAAUAUUUCUUGAUUUCCUGAACGUUCGCCAUGUACCUACCCUGCCAAAAGCAGAAAGCUGCGGCUCUUUUGAUGAAACAGAAUCUGAAGAAUCAAGCAAACUGUCCCACCAGCCCGUGCUGCUGUUCCUGAGGGAUCCAUAUGUCUUGCCUAAAGCCAACGAUGACUUUCCGAAUGUAGUUAUAGAAGGAAUUCUGCAUGGAAUAUUUUAUCCUCAUUUACUGCCCAGGUAG